UUUUCUUGCAACUGAAACUGAUACCAAUAUUUUACUUCCAUGGCUUCCACGUAAACAAUAAAAUAAUUUUAUAAAUAUUUAGUCGAAUCUGUGUAUAUAAACCUUUGCUGUGUAAGUUGUGAAUAUAUAAUAACAUUAAAAAACUAACCUAACUUCAAUAUAAAAUAUAUGAAAUCAUUAAUCGAGUUAAGAGGUGUUAUAAAUUUAUUUGUUAUAUAGUGUCUGUUAAUUUUUAAAAAUCUAUAUUAUUUAAUAAAAUGACAUAUGCUAAUUCAUGGGAAGAAUUUGAAAAAGCUGCAGAAAGGUUAUAUCUCCAAGAUCCAAUGAAGGCACGUUAUACAAUGAAAUAUUGUCAUAAUAAAGGUGUUUUAUGCUUGAAACUCACAGACAAUCGAACGUGUUUACAAUAUAAAACUGAAAUAGCUCAAGAUUUGAAAAAAAUGGAAAAAUUUAUUGGAAAUCUUAUGAGACACAUGGCAUCAAAAGAUAAUUGAAUGAACUUUUUAAAAAUUUUAUAUAUUUUUCAAUAAAAUAAAAUUACCAUAAGUAUAAAAUAAAAAAA